AGCGUGCCGGCGAGCUCGCCGGGGUGCCUCGCCUUCCUGGAGGUGUCUGGCGCCUGGGGCCUCCGCAGACCUGGCCCUGGCCUGGAGACCUUCCUCCUUUCCCCUGGCGGCGCCUCGGCUCCGGGACUUGGCUCUCGCUGACCCGGCGUCCGGGCCCCGGCGGGGGCCGCGGGGUGUCCGGGUCGGCUCGUUUGUGAAGGCGCCCGGACCUUUUUAGGUCCUCUUUCGAAUACUCAUUUUGACGGGGAUGUAGUUUUAAUUUAAUUUUUUAAAAAAUUUUUAACAUGCACUUAAGAAUUCUUGCGAAGAAAUGCGUUUCACCUCUGGAUUUACAAACCCUGAAAUUCUCUGUAGACCCGUGACUAUUCCGUGGAGAGUUGAAGUAUUGUAUUUUGCAAAAAGUGCUGAAAUAGCAGGAGUUCGUUCGGAGACCAUUUGUGUGCCACAAGAACUGAAAGUGUUACAGCUCUGGAAAGAGAUAGAAACUCGACAUCCUGGGUUGGCUGAUAUUAAAAAUCAGGUGAUAUUUGCUGUUCGCCAGGAGUAUGUCGAGCUGGGAGAUCAACUCCUCCAGCUUCAGCCAGGAGAUGAAAUUGCCAUUAUCCCCCCCAUUAGUGGAGGAUAGUGCUUUUCAGCCAUGUAGGAAAAAUAUGGGUGAAGUUGAAGAGAAAUCUAAAGACAUAAUAAAAUGCACUGCCGAGAAACUUUCAGUAGAUGAAGCCUCACAGUUGGUGAUUUCUCCAAUGUGUGGUGCAGUGUCCUUAUUCGUAGGGACUACAAGAAAUAACUUUGAAGGAAAAAAAGUCAUUAGUUUAGAAUAUGAAGCAUAUAUUCCAAUGGCGGAAAAUGAAAUCAGAAAAAUUUGUAGUGACAUUAGGCAGAAGUGGCCAGUAAAACACAUAGCAGUGUUCCAUAGACUUGGCUUGGUUCCAGUAUCAGAAGCAAGCAUAGUUAUUGCCGUGUCCUCAGCCCACAGGGCUGCAUCUCUAGCAGCUGUGAGCUAUGCCAUCGACACUUUAAAAGCCAAAGUGCCCAUCUGGAAAAAGGAAAUAUAUGAAGAAUCUUCCUCAGCGUGGAAAAGAAAUAAAGAAUGUUUUUGGACAACCACUGAUGAAUCACAUAUUUUAGAACAUUAAAUCUUAAAUUUGGUAAAUUUUCAUAUGGAUCACUUUUUGAUUUUUAUUCUACAGAAAAGAUAGUUUAGUGAAGCACAAUCUCAGGUUUUACCAGUGGGACAAAUGGGAGGAAAAAGAAGGCAAAAUAAUGGUUCUGGAGAAUACGGGUCUAGGAACUAGAGCUGGGGAAGAAGUAAGCUAAUUUAAAAAAGGGGAAAGAUAUCUGUGGUGGACACACCCUUCCAUGACUGAUUUCUAGUUGUACCUCAACUCCCAUUAAAGUGUGGCCAUUCUCACUAACGAGCUGUUUCAGAGAGACACCGCUGGCCCCCGGCCGCCACACAUUAAUAGUGUUAUUAUCGGGUGUGUGAGGAAAUGUUGGCUGAACUGGAAAGUCACUACCAGGCAACUUUGAUAUUGUGUGUUAUGUAUUUUCAGAAUUUACAUAUUUAAAAAAAUAAACUAACUCCAUGAUUUAGAAGCCUAAAAAUAGUAUAUGCCUGUUUUUUAAAAUUUAGUGGUAAAUCUAAAAUAUGGAGAUCUCUAAUAGAGCCUGUGACUGUACCCUCAUACUUUUCGUAUUUUAUUAGUUAUUAAUCAGUGUACAAGUCAGCAUAAAAUUGUUAAGAACAAUGUGCUUUGUGCUAAAAUGUUAUUUAAUGUUUAAAAUGUAACACAUAUGUGUUAAGGGAAAUUAUAUUAAGGAAAUCAAUAUUAGCAAAGUUAUAUGAUUUCUAAAGUAUUUGAAGGUAUUUUUCUGGAUAGUUGUGCAACAUUAUUAAUGAAAUCGUUAAAAAAUAAAAUUUCUGUAAGACUUUUUAUAUUAAAUGAUACAGUUUUUGGUUGAUCAGCCUGUAUACUCCCUUGAUAGAUUUGAGUCUUGUUCUUUUUAAUAAAAAUGUUAUCAGCCUAUUGAAGUAUAUUUGACAAAUAAAAAUUAUAUGUAUUUAAGGA